UCACAUCCUUUUAGGGGUUUUCCAGCAGCCGCAGCUCUCGCCCAGAAACCCUAGCAGCGCCCUCAGAAUGCCGGCUGGACAUGGUCUCCGAUCUCGAACCAGAGACUCGUUCUCUAGGGCCUUCAGGAAGAAGGGUUACAUCCCCCUCUCCACUUACCUGAAGACCUACCGCAUCGGUGACUUCGUCGACGUCAAGGUUAAUGGUGCCAUUCACAAGGGUAUGCCCCACAAGUUCUACCACGGGCGCACUGGUCGCGUCUGGAAUGUUACCAAGAGAGCCAUCGGCGUUGAGAUCAACAAGCAGGUGGGUAACAGGAUUAUCAGGAAGAGGAUCCAUGUGCGUGUGGAGCACGUGCAGCCAUCAAGGUGCACUGAAGAAUUCCGUUUGAGGAAGGUGAAGAACGAUCAGCUGAAGGCAGAGGCUAAGGCUAAGGGUGAGGUCAUCAGCACCAAGAGACAGCCAAAGGGUCCCAAGCCUGGUUUCAUGGUUGAAGGUGCAGUCAUGGAAACUGUUACUCCUAUUCCAUAUGAUGUCGUCAAUGAUCUUAAGGGAGGGUACUAGGUUUACAUCUGUUUGCUUUUGCUCACCAUCCGGACUAAUUGGAUGUGUCUUUAGUAUGUUCUCUUUUAAAUUGUUGAGAUAUUUUUAUUUGCUGCAGAAGAAUUGCUCUAGUUUAAUUAAUGUUUUUGGAUACAUGUGAUGUUUUUAAGUACAAUUAUGUUGGAAUCUGGAAUUUAUCUUGCUUUUGAAGUAUGUUUGAUUGAUCUCAUUAGUGUUAGGUCAAUCAAGUUUCUGCUGCCUCAUCCCUCCUUCUGUAUAAGAUUGUUAGGGAUGGCAGGGGAGAGCUGACUUGAUUGGCGAUUUGGUUUUAAGAAAAGUGUAUACACAAGGCAAUAGUGAUGUUCAAACCUUGUUUCUUGGAUCA